AUGCUGCCUGGGGUCCUCUAUGAUGUGAGCCACCAGUGCCGCCUCCAGUACGGGGCCUACUCUGCCUUCUGCGAGGACAUGGAUAAUGUCUGCCACACACUCUGGUGCUCUGUGGGGACCACCUGUCACUCCAAGCUGGAUGCAGCCGUGGACGGCACCCGGUGUGGGGAGAAUAAGUGGUGUCUCAGUGGGGAGUGCAUACCUGUGGGCUUCCAGCCCGAGGCCAUGGAUGGUGGCUGGUCUGGCUGGAGCGCCUGGUCCAUCUGCUCACGGAGCUGUGGCGUGGGCAUACAGAGAGCCAAGCAGCAGUGCCUGCAGCCUAUGCCCAAAUACAAAGGCAGAUACUGUGUGGGUAAGCGGAAGCGCUUCCGCCUCUGCAACCUGCAGGCCUGCCCCGCUGGCCACCCCUCCUUCCGCCACGUCCAGUGCAGCCACUUUGACGCUAUGCUCUACAAGGGCCAGCUGCACACAUGGGUGCCCAUGGUCAAUGACGUGAACCCCUGUGAGCUGCACUGCCGGCCCGCGAAUGAGUACUUUGCCGAGAAGCUGCGGGACGCCGUGGUUGAUGGCACCCCCUGCUACCAGGUCCGAGCCAGCCGGGACCUCUGCAUCAACGGCAUCUGUAAGGUAACGUGGGGCUGUGACUUUGAGAUUGACUCUGGCGCUAUGGAGGACCAUUGUGGCGUGUGCCACGGCAACGGCUCCACCUGCCACACCGUGAGUAGGACCUUCGAGGAGGCCGAGGGCCUGGGGUAUGUGGACGUGGGGCUGAUCCCAGCCAGCACACGUGAGGUCCGCAUCCAGGAGCUGGCUGAGGCUGCCAACUUCCUGGCACUGCAGAGCGAGGACCCGGAGAAGUACUUCCUCAAUGGUGGCUGGACCAUCCAGUAGAACGGGGACUACCAGGUGGCAGGGACCACCGUCACAUACGCACGCAGGGGCAUCUGGGAGAACCUCACGUCCCCGGGUCCCACCAAGGAGCCUGUCUGGAUCCAGCUGCUGUUCCAGGAGAGCAACCCUGGGGUGCACUAUGAGUACACCAUCCACGGGGAGGCAGGUGGCCACGGCGAGGUCCCGCCGCCCGAGUUCUCCUGGCACUAUGGGCCCUGGACCAAGUGUACAGUCACCUGCGGCAGAGGUGUGCAGAGGCAGAGUGUGUACUGCUCGGAGCGGCAGGCAGGGCCCGUGGACGAGGAGCACUGUGACCCCCUGGGCCGGCCCGAUGACUGCCAGAGGAAGUGCAGCCAGCAGCCCUGCCCUGCCAGGUGGUGGGCAGGUGAGUGGCAGCUGUGCUCCAGCUCCUGCGGGCCUGGGGACCUCUCCUGCCAGGCUGUGCUCUGCAUCUGCAGCGUGGGGCUGGAUGAGCAGAGCGCCCUGAAGCCACCCGCCUGUGAACACCUUCCCUGGCCCCCUACUGAAACCCCUUGCAACCACCAUGUGCCCUGUCCAGCCACCUAGGCUGUGGGGAACUGGUCUCAGUGCUCAGUGACAUAUGAGGAAGGGACUCAGCACCGAAAUGUCCUCUGCAUCAGUGACACCGGUGUCCCCUGUGACGAGGCCCAGCAGCCAGCCAGCGAAGUCACCUGCUCUCUGCCACCCUGUCGGUGGCCCCUGGACACACUGGGCCCUGAAGGCUGAGGCAGCGGCUCCUCCAGCCACGAGCUCUUCAAUGAGGCUGACUUCAUCCCGCGCCACCUGGCCCCACGCCCUUCACCCGCCUCAUCACCCAAGCCAGGCACCAUGGGCAACGCCAUUGAGGAGGAGGUUCCAGAGCUGGACCUGCCGGGGCCCGUGUUUGUGGACGACUUCUACUACGACUACAAUUUCAUCAGCUUCCACGAGGAUCUGUCCUACGGGCCCUCUGAGGAGCCCAAUCUAGACCUGGCGGGGACAGGGGAUCGGACGCCCCCACCACACAGCCGUCCUGCUGUGCCCUCCACGGGUAGCCCCGUGCCUGCCACAGAGCCUCCUGCAGCCAAGGAGGAAGGGGCACCGGGACCUUGGUCCCCGAGCCCUUGGCCUAGCCAGGCCGGCUGCUCCCCACCCCCACCCUCAGAGCAGACCCCUGGGAACCCUUUGAUCAAUUUCCUGCCUGAGGAAGACACCCCCAUAGGGGCCCCAGAUCUUGGGCUCCCCAGCCUGCCCUGGCCCAGGGUUUCCACUGAUGGCCUGCAGACGCCUGCUGCCCCUGAGAGCCAAAAUGAUUUCCCAGUUGGCAAGGACAGCCAGAGCCAGCUGCCCUCUCCAUGGCAGGACAGGACCAAUGAGGUUUUCAAUGAUGAGGAACCCGAGGGCUGCGGAGCACCCCACCUGCCCCCGAGACCCAGCCCCACGCUGCCCACUUUGUACCCGGUCAGCAGCACCCACUCCUCUCCUAGUCCUGACGUGGCGGAGCUGUGGACAGGAGGGACAGUAGCCUGGGAGUCAGCUCUGGAGGGUGGCCUGGGGCCUGUGGAUAGUGAACUGUGGCCCACUGUUGGGGUGGCUUCUCUCCCUCCUCCUCCCAUAGCCCCUCUGCCAGAGAUGAAGGGCAAGGACAGUCCCCUGGAGCCGGGGACUCCCACCUUCCCAACCCCAGGACCAGGCUUAUGGGACCUUCAGACUGUGGCAGUGUGGGGGACCUUCCUCCCCACAACCCUGACUGGCCUCGGGCACACGCCUGAGCCUGCCCUGAACCCAGGACCCAAGGGUCAGCCUGAGUCCCUCAGCCCUGAGGUGCCCCUGAGCUCUAGGCUGCUGUCCACGCCAGCUUGGGACAGCCCUGCCAACAGCCACAGAGUCCCUGAGACCCAGCCGCUGGCUCCUAGCCUGGCUGAAGCGGGGCCCCCCGCGGACCCGUUGGUUGUCAGGAAUGCCAGCUGACAAGUGGGAAACUGGAGCGAGUGCUCCACCACCUGUGGCCUGGGUGCCCUCUGGAGGCCGGUGCGCUGUAGCUCCAGCCGGGAUGAGGACUGCGACCCUGCUGGCCGGCCCCAGCCUGCCCGCCGCUGCCACCUGUGGCCCUGUGCCACCUGGCACUCAGGCAACUGGAGUAAGUGCUCCCACAGCUGUGGCAGAGGUUCCUCAGUGUGGGACAUGCAGCAUGUGGACACGUGGGACCUCCGGCCACUGUGGCCCUUCCGUUGUCAGCCUGGACCUGCCAAGCUGCCUGUGCACUGGCCCUGCGGGGCCCAGCCCUGCCUCAGCUGGUACAUGUCUUCCUGGAGGGAGUGCUCCGAGGCCUGUGGCGGUGGUGAGCAGCAGCGUCUGGUGACCUGCCCAGAGCCAGACCUCUGCGAGGAGGCACUGAGACCCAACACCACCCGGCCCUGCAACACCCACCCCUGCACACAGUGGGUGGUGGGGCCCUGGGGCCAGUGCUCAGGCCCCUGUGGUGGUGGCAUCCAGGGUCACACACUGGUCAAGUGUGUCAACACCCAGACGGGGCUACCCGAGGAAGACAGUGACCAGUGUGGCCACGAGGCCUGGCCUGUGAGCUCCCGGCUGUGUGGCACCGAGGAUUGUGAGCCCGUCGAGCCUCCCCGCUGUGAGCGGGACCGCCUGUCCUUCGGGUUCUGUGAGACACUGUGCCUACUGGGCCGCUGCCAGCUGCCCACCGUCCGCACCCAGUGCUGCCGCUCGUGCUCUCCGCCCAGCCACGGCGCCCCCUCCCGAGGCCAUCAGCGGGUCACCCGCCACUGACGGUGCCAGGAUGCACAGACCGACCGACAGACCUCAGUGCCCACCACGGGCUGUGGCGGAGCUCCCGCCCCCUACGGCCUAAUGGUGCUAACCCCCUCUCACUACCCAGCGGCAGGCUGGGGAGCUCCUCCCCCUCGAA